CUACUCAGUAAUCACUCGUCUUGGAAGCGCUAUGCGUUGGCCAUGUUGAAAAAUUAGUAGAAAAUCGAAAUCUUAAUAAGUGACAGUUUUUAAAAUAAAGGUUACAAGACUUUUGAGAGGUUUUUAACAUACUUUAAGAACAUUGUAAAAGAUAUUGUAGAUGUAAUUGAAAGUGUUCAAACAAAAUCUUUGCGGACAAUAUCUGUUUUUUUAUUUUAUCUCAUCAUGCACUGUAAUUUUGAAGAAAUAAACGUUGUAGAUGAUAACACAGACGACAUAACUAUUAUUAAAAAUAUAAUAAACGCGGAAAAACAGGAAGACCCUUUUUAUAUAGCCGACAUUGGCGAUGUUAUCAAACGACAUAACGAGUGGAUUAGUAAAAUGCCUAAAGUUAUUCCGCAUUAUGCAAUUAAAUGCAAUUCAAAUCCAACGGUGAUUAAAGUUCUGGCGGCUUUAAAUGCGUGUUUUGACUGUGCGUCUAAGCAAGAAAUAUUGCAAGUUAUACAGUACGGCGUGCAAGGUGAACGGAUUAUUUUUGCACAUCCGAUGAAACUACCUUCUCACAUCGAAUAUUCCAAACAAGCGGGUGUCGAUCAGAUGACAGUGGACAGUGAACUUGAGUUGAUAAAAAUCAAAAAAUAUUUUUCCGAAGCUAAAAUCGUGAUACGCAUACGAUGCGACGCGAAGAACACGCCGGUGUCGUUAGGGAUAAAAUUCGGCUGCGAGUUGCGCGAGGGUAUGUGUUUGAUACAACGAACAAAGGAUCUCGGUUUGAAUUUGCACGGGUUCAGUUUUCACGUCGGUACUCCAUGUCUGGAAAUCAAUGCCUAUCGCAGAGGAAUCGAAAUGUGCGAACAAUUAGUCGCUUACGCCAAAUCGAUCGGCUGCAAAAACGUACGGCUGAUCGACAUAGGCGGCGGUUUCGAGUGCGUGAGCGGUGAGAAACUCAACGAGUUAGCGCAAGUUAUUAACGGCGCCAUCAAAAAUCUGGAUCCCGAUAUAAAAGUCAUCAGCGAACCGGGACGUUAUUACGUAGGAUCGAAUUUCACUUUGGCCUCGUAUCUACAUUCGAAAAAGCUCAUCAUUUCCGAAGACGGCUUGCUGAAAAGAAUGUAUUAUAUGAAUUGCGGCGUGUACAAUGCCUUCUUGGACGAAUUGUUAGGCGUGCAGUCGCGAGUUCCGGAAGUAAUUUUCGAACCAAUAAGCGAGGAGAAAUUUCCCUCGAGCUUGUGGGGACCGACCGCCGAUUCGUUUGAUUUGAUUGCCAAGAAUGUGCUAUUACCCGAACUUUAUAUGGGCGACUGGUUAGUAUGGAAAAAUAUGGGUGCUUACACGUUAGCUCUUUCCAAUACUUUCAAUGGAUUCCCGAUUCCCGUUGUGAAACCAUUUAUCAGGAAGAGUCAGUGGACAAAUUUUCUCAAGCAAUUGAAUCAGAGUUAAAAGACGCGGUGGAAAUAAAAUUAUAAUAAAAAUUAAUGCGAUAAGCGUGUUAGUGUAAAUAAAAGUA